CUGAAGCACUCACUCAAGGCAGCAGGGCGCUCCUCUCUCGGUGCCAUCCGAACCAACAGUUCGUUCCGGCACUCAUCAGACGUUCAGCUUCAGCCAGACAGACAGAGAAGUCGCGAAAAAACAAAUGGCGUAACAUCGUACAUUCGAAACGGGACGAGACCGAGCUAAAGUUUGUGUAAAGAAGUGCAGUGCGCUCGUUUCUAGCUAGCAGAAAUCGGAAUCCGUAGCCAGAAAUGCGGUUCGACUCCUGUUUCGUGUAAAAAUAAAGUAAUUAAUUGUAUUUAACCGGUGUAUAGAAUAUUAUUCAACUUUUUUAGCUGUAUAUUUUGUAAAGUGCAACUUUUCGGAGAACAUCCGCAGUGGACAGCAAAACUAUCUCGCGGCGAAAAAUAUAUCCGUGCCCGAAUUGUAUAUAGCUUUUGUGUGGCUGGAACGGAACGGAAGCCCUCUAGGCCGAGCGGCUAGCGAAGCAUAAUCUCUGCGGUUCCGUUUUUACGUAUUUCCUGGAGGAAAAAUUCCCUGUACAGUUAGUGAUAGACAUUUUUCGGCAUUUUCACGUUCCCAUCAACCGGAGCCGUGUGUGUUUGAGUGAGCGAGAAACCGAGCGUUUCUGGAAUAUCUUGUCCGACCGAUUCCGCGGGUGCACAAGAAGAACAACACCUUCCGACGAGAACGCGAAGAACGGUGGCAAGAAGUGCGGUUUUUCCCUAUCGGAUCGCGAAUCCCAAGAGUCCAUCAAGUGCGUACCGCGAGUGAGUGUGUGCGUGUGGUUCUACUUCUGGAUCUCGGAAAGAGCCCAUAAAAUAGCACAGCAAGCACUGGGUGGUAGACGGGCGUGGAAGUGGCUGGUGCAAAAAGUGACCUCUGGAUGCAACCAUCUCGCGAAGGAAAUACGAGGAAAAGUAUAAAGGAGUACCUUCGCUAGUGGCUGUGGGAAAGAGAGAAAGCUAAGCAUUGUUUGUGUGUGUACUUGGAGCUUCCGGAAGAGUCCCGGGUUGAUGAAGUUGCAGAUGUGUGUUUUGGCCAAGCAGUAGAAUCCUUGUGCCCGGGAAUAGAGUGCGAGUGAAUUUUUUAGUGGAUAUAACGGAAAAAGCCAUCCAGUGACACCUAGUAGGGAGCUGUAGAGUACAUAACACGCUUAAUUGGAGAACUAGCGAGUUUUGGUACUGUGUAUGUGUGGUCGCCGGAACGACAGGAAAGCGUACCGCAGUGCAAGCUGAGCGAUAAACCAAGCGACAACAAACCGUGAAUUUGUUUUCAAACAAACGGGGCGAACAGCAAACACAACACAAAGGAAGCAUUUUAUCUGAUCUUUGCGGAAGAAGUCGAGCUGGUGUGUAGACCCGACCAUUGCUGAUCGUGCGUAAAGCUGCACUAUCCACUCGAGCCAGAGGUGGCCGCUAUGAAAUUGCUUGGCGGCCAUGACGACGGCGGCGGGCGUGGAGCGCCCAUUCGGUCACAGGACGAUGCUGCAGUGGGCUACGUUUUUCAGCGGCAUCCGAAUGAGUCCGAGUUCAACCAGUUUGCUCACAAACAAUCCCGAUGGGCUUCCGGGGACGACGCCAUCAUCGAUAACCAAGACAAAUGGAAAUACAAUCCGACCCUUACCAACAACAGUACGGGCGGAUUGCUUCCACCGCCGAGCAUGCCUUCGAUGAACAAGCACCAAGCACACCAGCAAAUGCAAGCCCAGCAACAACAGCAGCAGCAGCAGCAACUGCCAAUGAUCAACCAUCCUUCCCAGCUGGCGAAUCAUUUGAGCCACCAGAACCAUCUCAACCCGACAAUGCUCAAUCACACAGCCAUGGGCAAUGCGGCGGCAGCUGCCGCUGGCAUGCCGACGAUGCAAAUGCCAAUGCAGGGCGCCGGAAUGUACGAUCACCUGCACCCGCCGAAUGUGAACGUCAACGGCGUAGUGCCCAAGCAUCCGCAGGGCCAGGAGCAGUUGGUGUUUCUCGGCGGGGGCCAACAGUACGGAGUCCUGGCUCCCCAGAACCAGUACAUCGCUAGGAACAACGCAGCGAUCACCACAUCAGCAACGAAAAAGCUCUGGGAUAAGGGUGGCAGUAACGAUGUCAAGAUGGCCACUGGAGCGACUGGUCCGCUGGCUCCUCUGCAGCUUCACGGCAGUACUGACCACCAGGUUUGGAGAGAUUCGACAUGGUCCUCGCAAGGGGAUGCAAUACUGGCUUCGAGACGUAUUUUUCCACAUGCUCCGGACACGAAUCCUACUGGAUCGACAGGAAUCUUAAGCCCACGUGACUCCACCGGUGGUCUCGGUGUUAAAAUGGUUGAAUACGUCCUCGGUGGAUCACCGACAAAUAAGGAAAGCCCGCUUGCUAGCUUGGAACCUCGAUUUAAGGGAUUGAAAUUUGAUGAUAAUGACAAGACAUCUGACGAUAAAGAUAAAGCCAACUCGCCAUUCGAAUCGAACGGUUUGAAAAAGGAGGAAGUAAACUCGACCAACGGAGUGGUGAUUGUGAACGGAAUUGACGACGACAAAGGAUUUAAUCGCACUCCCGGUUCCCGCCAACCGUCGCCGGCGGAGGAGCAUGUUCCGCGCGGCUCGAACCUGCUGGACGCCCAAUCGCACCAUGGCUCCGGCUUUCCCCAGCAUCCCUCGCUCCAUCACAUGCUCGGUUCGGCUGCGGCUGCUGCUGCAGCUGCGGUCGGUGCCGGUGGCGGUACCAACGAUGUCGUUCAGCAAGCAGCUGCCGCUGCCCUCGGCUCUUACCAUCCUCAAAUGAUAAAUCAAAUGAGCCAAAUGAAUCAGCUCAGCCAGAUGAAUCAAAUGAACCAGCUCAACCAGAUGCAGAGUCACGUGAUGAACGGCGUAGGAGGGAUCCCGCAGAUUACGCAGAGUCAAAUGGUGAACCAACCCGGACAGGGUCAUAACCAGAUUGAAUCUCCUGCUAAUCUGCUGCAACAGCCACACAACUUCGAUGUACAGCAACUAUUCAGAUCAAACCCAGGCCUCACAGCUGCCAACUCGGCGGUCCCGGGUGCACCAAAUGGACAGCCACUGCCACAGUCAGCGCUCUCGCUGUCUGCCCAACAGCAACAGUUUCUGGCGCAGCACAAUGCCGCGUAUGCAGCGCAACAGGCCGCACCGUACGUCAUCAAUCCCGGCCAGGAUCCGUCGCCGUAUAUGGGCACUCUCAUCACCGCCGGUGUGCCACAGUACUACGGAAUGGCCGCUGCACCCUGGGGUGUAUAUUCUACCAAUCUGAUACCACAGCAGCAGUCACAGCCCCGAAGACCACUGACACCCUCACAGCAGGCCGCCGAAAAUCAACCCUAUCAGGUGAUAUCGGCUUUCUACGAUCAGAGCGGUUCGCUGGUGAUGGGCCCCCGCACCGGAACGCCCAUGCGAUUGGUCAGCCCAGCGCCGCCGGUGCUGGUUCCACCGGGUGGACCGCGAGCUCCACAGGCACCGCCGGCCAUCUAUCCACCGCAGCCGCAGACGGCCCAGCAGAACAUGUACUCCGCACAGAACGGAUCCAACGUUGGAGGUCUUGCUUUGAGCACAUCGUCACUGACAGCACGGAGGGACUCGUUCGAUCGUAACACUUCAGCCUUCAGUCCGUCACUGGACUACACAUCGGCAUCUACCAAUGCCGUAGUAAGCAAUGCUGCCGCAGCGGCUGCAGCUGCAGCCCGCAAAUGGCCCGUCGGAGCUGGUAGCUACGGAUUAAGUGCGGUAACUUCAGCCAGCCCUCUGGGUACCUGCAUAACUCCUCCGCCGGUGUCGGGAUUGGGAGCGCUGGUGACCAGUCGUGCCCCGGGAGCGGAGACCAAGUAUCGUCAGGUGAAUCAGCUAGCUCCUGGUAUUUCAGCGAACGCUAUGUUCGGUUCGAAUAGUUCGCUGUUUUCGAAACUGCCCGGGUCGGUAGUACGACCUACGGCGGCAGCUGCGGCUGCUGUAGCUGCCGUGGCGGCCGCUGCUCCCGGGCUGGAUCGUCCUCCGGGACGUUCGCGAUUGUUGGAAGACUUCCGAAAUCAGCGCUAUCCCAAUCUACAGUUGCGCGAUCUCACCAACCACAUCGUAGAAUUCUCCCAGGAUCAGCAUGGUUCGCGAUUUAUCCAGCAAAAGCUUGAACGGGCGACUGCUGCGGAGAAACAGUUGGUUUUCAAUGAAAUUUUAGGCGCUGCGUACAGCCUAAUGACGGACGUGUUUGGUAAUUAUGUAAUUCAGAAAUUCUUUGAAUUCGGAUCUCCCGAGCAGAAACAAGCGCUAGCCCAACAGGUUAGGGGUCACGUCCUCCCGCUAGCACUGCAGAUGUAUGGUUGCAGAGUUAUUCAAAAGGCCCUUGAAAGCAUUCCUGCCGAGCAGCAGCAGGAAAUCGUCCGCGAGCUCGAUGGCCACGUGCUGAAAUGCGUCAAGGAUCAGAAUGGAAAUCACGUGGUUCAAAAGUGCAUCGAGUGUGUUGAACCUAACGCGUUGCAGUUUAUCAUCGACGCAUUCCGCAACCAGGUUUACUCAUUGAGCACACAUCCAUACGGAUGCCGGGUUAUUCAGAGGAUACUGGAACACUGCACCACAGAACAGACGGCACCGAUUCUGGCCGAGCUGCAUGCAAAUACCGAACAGUUAAUCCAGGAUCAGUAUGGCAAUUACGUCAUUCAACAUGUGUUGGAACACGGCAAGCCAGAGGACAAAUCGGUGUUGAUUGCUGCCGUGCGAGGAAAGGUGCUGAUUCUGUCACAGCACAAAUUCGCUUCCAAUGUGGUUGAGAAGUGUGUCACACACGCCACGAGAGCCGAGCGAGCGUUGCUGAUUGAGGAGGUGUGCUCGUUUAAUGAUGCCGGAUUGCACGUGAUGAUGAAGGACCAGUACGCGAACUAUGUGGUACAGAAGAUGAUCGACGUAUCGGAACCGACGCAGCGCAAGGUGCUACUGCACAAGAUACGUCCGCACAUGAACUCGCUGAAAAAGUACACCUACGGUAAGCACAUCAUUGCCAAGCUGGACAAGUUCUCCCUCAAGACACCCAACACGAUCGGCGGUAGUGGUGGUGCCGGGGGAGCUGCUGGAGGAGUAGUAGUGGUAGGAGCUGGUACAGUUCCGAACAACGUUGGGUCCGGUUUGGUUGAUGUUGGUAAUGGAACGAAUGGAACCAAUGCAGCUGUUAUCGUUGGUCAGCAGAUAGCUACCGCAAACGGGGGGCCCGGUAGCACAAGCAAUGGCGUUGUGGUUAGUAACAGUAACAAUGUAGGAGUUACGAAUCUGGGCCCCAUCGGACCGCCUCCCACCAAUGGGGUGAUGUAAGUUGAGUCUGGUGAAUUGUAUUUUUUAUUCAAUUCAGUAUAAAGGAAGAGGGAAGCUCUGUCCUACGAUAUAUGAGAUACAUUAGUAAUGCGCCGCCACUUUUCCGGGGAAGCGCGAAUCUGCCCUGUAAUCUGCUUCGAGAAUGUGCCUUCGAUCGACGGAGGAAAUGCACAGAGGAUCUUUUCGUAUACAAAAACGGAACAUCUGUAAAUAUUGUUUUAUAUUCGGAGAUUUUUUUCUCUCUUGCAAAGCUUUUGUUAGGUUAACGAUUGCUUUUUUAAGUGGCAGGGUCAGAACCGAAAGACUUUGAGUAUUUAGGAACAAACUAUUGUUAUUCGAACGAUGUACACACUAUCUCCCCGAUCAGCUAUUAAGUUAUUCUAUAGACAGACGGAUCUCAGUCCUAAGAUAUAGAACAAAACGAAGAAGAAAAAAAACCGUUAUCGGUUUUGUUUAGGAACAACAGUUCCAUAUGCCGUGUAUGAUUUUAGGGAUAAACAUACUGUAUUUUUAGAAUGAAAUAUUCUCCGCGAUAGAAGCGCAUUCCGAGAGAGAUUACCCGCAUGAUAUGAAGCAUCCUCACAGUUUUAUUUUAGCAAACACCACACAAGCCAUAGAACACAAUGGAUUGCUUAGUAGCAGCCGGAGUUACAAUUUUCAAAACCAGAGAUUAUUGUGUCAGAAAGUUUUAUCUAAUAAUUUUAUCCACACGCAAACACAACCAAACAAAUUUCGCAGUUAAUUUAAUAUAUCAGGAUUAGAGUCAGAUUCAGGAUAACAUUUUUUUUCCGGUGACGAACAAUAGCAGUAUCAGAACAAACAAGCAGAGCGCUUAGAGCUUUUCGAACUAUUGUUGAUUAGAAGAUUCUCAGAAGAGAGUUUGAUGAUGUAUGAAACUCCUAUUGUGUAGAAUUUAUUGCACUCAUAUAGAUUUAAAUUAGCGACGCAUUGUAAGGGGAAAAGUGGAUGGGGGAAUCAUUAUCGUUAAUAUUUUAGGUGUACCUUGUAUUGUAAUCAAAGUCUUAACUAUAGUUAUAGAUGAAUUGGUAGGUGGCUGAUGGAAACAGUUUGAAUGUGUAAAAAUCACUUAUAAAUAGUAGUUUAUUGGUAGACCUCGUUUUUACUAGCACGCCAGCAGAGUGUAGAGAUCCCCACUCCGGAUCGCUUAAAGUCGCCGUACGCUCGAUAGUAGAAGAACCGUAAGUUAAGUGAAAAAUUGAGAUUUGUAUCAUUUGUAUUAUUUGGCGCACUUGUAUAAAAGAUAACGUAUUAACAAAAAAUGCAAUAGCGAACACACACACUUGUUUUUUGUACUGGCGGCAUACUGUUUUCAGUGGUUACAAAAGAUUAUCCGGUAGUGAUAGGUUUUAGUCAGAGCUACAAGAGAGGCUCCUUCAUCGAAACCAAUGCCGUCUGCAUAGGUAACUGCCGACGACGGUGACAUGGAACUUGGGUGAGAUAAAAACCAAUCCGAGCUUCGCCUUUUGUUUUUAUCUACCAUGAAACCUGGGCGUUGUGCGAAUGGUGUGUUAUUUUCAAUGUUUCCAAUUCUGAGCAAUUCUCUUCGAUAGGUGAAAUUUCUUAAAAAACAUUCGAAGAGGCUUUUGCAUUCGAUAGAAAUAAGUCGUAAACCGGGGUGAUCGGGAUAGAAGACUAAUAAUUCACCACUGAUUACAAGUGAAUGCUACACGACCGAUCGCUUAUCCCUUUGAAUGGAAUCGCGUGGAAGUCGUUUGUAGAGUUGGGAUUGCUUGGUACUUUCGUUCGACCAAGUAAGAUGAAAAUAACGUCGCUAGUAAUUUUCAAUUUCGAGGGGCACCCAUUUACGUUAUAGUAGGCGCCAGUGAUUAAGAAGAAAAUAAAAAGUUUUAACCACUUUAUUUAAACUCAAUAGUCUGCUGUCAUGUUGUCAUGAUCAAAUAAAUGAGCGAAUCUUCAUUUUAAAACAGAAAAAUGAAACAAACAGUAUAAACUACUAAGCCGAUCAAACGGUUGAACGUUUUCCAUCUGGAAAACAGGAAAACAUCAGAAAAUGUUAGAAUAAUGAGGCAACAAAAUAUCGGUUAGUUAUUUUAUUAAUAGAAAACAAGCUGGCAUAGGGAUCAUUUUUUCGGAGAGUUUGAAUAAGUCAACCACGCACCGCCACAGAUGGAGCUGUGGUGCACAUAGGGCGUUCUAACACGAGGAGUUAAAACUUACAAAUUAAAUCGGUAAUUGUAUUGGUAAUAAUCAGACAAAAUACUACUUCAGGAUUACGUUAUCGCUGUGACGGAUCGAAGGGAACUUACCCGAAACCGUCGUCAGGGUUUUAGAGUUCUCCCGGGACUGCUCUCUAUCAAUCUCGAUUUUCUCCGAAAUUUCGGCUAUUUUCUAUUUAUGAGUUUUUCUUGUUUCAAAAUUGAACCAGGAAAAAAAACUAAUCUUAUCCUAGCUAAACAUUAAAUGAUCAGAAAAUUUACUUGAAGUAAGUAAGAUAAAGAUAAACAAGGGCUGCUUCGGUUAGAAGAUGUUUUGACACACGUAAUAGUGAAUAUUAAGCUAUUGUUGAUCGAAAGUCAUUGACAUUGACGCCAGAGCAGUUGGUGAGUUUUUAAAACUUUCCUCAAACUCUACUACUUAAGCAUUUAUAGAACAAGUAACAGCUAAUAUCAUUUCAAGGCCUGACAUAACAAAGAUAUGAGGACCUCUGUGAACAUAUGUUUUUUUUUUAAACGAUAACAAAAACACGAUCAAUCACAAGAAUUGGUAAUGCAAAAGCGUUACAAUGAGACCCCGAACCAUGAUAGCAUUUAUUACGCAACAGGUACAGUUGAAAGUAAACGAAAGUUUUCCACUCCAAUAUUUGACGGUAGUGUUAAAAGCAGAAUGAUAUAACAAGUAAGAGAAAAUGAUAAAAGAUUCGAAAAUUUGAAUAUAUCUUAUCUAUAUACUACAUACAGUAACAGACACAAAAUAAAACUAGUAGUGUAAUACUUGCGGCGAGUUCCCUGUUUCACAAGCAUUAAUUUCCUGUCAAUUUUUCAUGUAAUGGUAAAAAAAUACUAGCGUAAGCCAGUGUAAGAAUGAAAAAAAAACUGUCCACACAAAACACUCAUGGAAAAGUAUAGUAGCAAAACGACACGUGUGGUUCCGUCGUAGUAGUGGUUUAAUGUACUCAAUGUGUCCACUUAGUAGGCCAAACCAUACAGCGAACAAUUUUCAUUUCGAUACAGGUUCGGUCUUUAACACGUUGGAAAUUAGUUGCUCCGCCGAAGCGCAAUGAGUGUUAGCUAUCUAAGAAACCACAGGGUGAGAGUGUUGGAGGAACGAAAAGAACAUAAUAAAUAGCAUCUAUUUUCACUAGAACCUCAAAAAGUAAAAUGAAAAUAAAAAAUACAUACAUCGCGUUUUCGCAGAACACAAUAUGCAAUUCUUUCGCAAAGAAUUGUUAUUAAACAAACCGUUGCUGCUACUGCUGCCGUGGUGGUGGUAGGUUGUAGGAAGAAAGGUGUACAUUAAUUUCAUAGACAUUGAGCUCUAGGGAUCAUUGCAUAAACUAAUCUUUGCGGAAAUCAAAUUUAUGGCAAAAAUAGGGUGAAAAUUAUUUAGUGUCUUCUUUUAAUUUUUUUUCACUGAUUGUGACUGAUUGUGAGAGAAGAAAGAUACCUCGCUUUUGCGAGCAUUCAAUUGUUGAUUGUUAUAAUGUAAAGAAUGGAUGCUCACUAAAUAUAUGAUACUAAUGGACGAUCAAAAGGGUUUCUUCAAUGGAAUGAAGACAUAUUGAGGAUGAGUGAGUAUCUUUCUACUUAUUGAUGUGCUCGGUGCCGUUGAUAGUGCCAAACUCAACAAAAAUUCGCGCUCGUAAAUUGGGUGCUGUUGUGUCUGACAUCAUUGGUAUACCAACUCGAGUAAAAAGUCCACGCAAGAUUUUUCUGGUGGACCUCCGGUCACUUGGAGAAUGAGUCCACUGUGAUGAAGCAAUAUUCGCCUUCGAUGGGAAAAGCAAAAUCUAUUUGAAUGCGCUUCCAUGGGAGUGUUGCUUUCGACCAUGGCACAAGAGCAGUGCAAUGAGGGGACCGGGAAACGGAAAAGCAAUGCUGACACGCCUUCACGCAAUCAACCAUGUCAACCAAUAUCCAUAGAGGGCAAGUAGACAUAGCAUCAUUCGCCACAUGCCUGGAUGUCCACGAUUAAACUGUUUUCGAUGCUGCGAUGGAAUAACGAGUCAUUCAGCAAAAAAGAAUACACCACAGUAAGUGAAUCCUGCCUGGAGUGGAAUCGCGUAAGCUCUGGAUCAACGGAUUUUGACGAUGGCCAGCCGUCUUGUAUGUACAGGAAGACUACGAAGCACUGGAUCAGCGCUGGGUACUCUAUGCUACGACACUGAAACUGAAAGGCGAGAUAUAACCGGUAUCUGCGGCUACUGACCUUACAUCUUUUUCGAAGGCGAUGCUCACAAUGACGUAAUCCUCUUCUGGCUUAACAUGCUGGUUGAUUAGACGGGAUAACACGUCAGCGUCGCCAAACUUGUCGGUUGGCACGUCCUCGAUGUCGGAAUCGUACAAUAGGUUGAGGGCGAAACGUUUUAACCGGUUUUGCCGUAUACACCGGUAUGCCUUUCCUAGAACCAAAAUCAUUUGAAGCGAGCGGGGCGUGGUCAGUUUGCAGAAGGAAUCUCGGAUGGAGACAAAAUGUUAGAAUCGCUCGAACGCUUGUUGGCACUCCAGAUUCCAGACUAACUUUAUCUUCAACUUCUGCAAGUUGUCGAGCGGAUAGCGCAACUGUUGUAUGUUGGGUACAAACUUCCCCAUAAUAAUUGAUCGCCCCAAGGUAAGAGCGAACACCUAAAACGUCAGUGGGAGGAGAUAUCUGGGUUAUUGCUGAAGCUGUAGUUUUCGAUUCGGUAAAGCCCAAAUUUGAACCCGGUGAAGAACCGCUCUCUUAAUUCGGUCGGGCUCCUUUUGUAUCUCAUCACCAACGAUGACGUCAUCGAGAUAACCAUAAGUGCCCUUAAACCUCAAAAAAAAGCUGAAAUUGUGACUUCAACAUGCAUCGCUCCUAAGAGCCAAUGAAAUCAAAAGCCUCUUUUUGUCGUUUUAUCUGAGAGAGAAUCGAAAGCCUGAAAACACUUGAUCAUUCGUAUUUCAAAUUACAAGUUCAUUGAAACUGGAGAACUGUAACUAGCCGGGCCUCUGAGACCCGUUGCCUUUUUGAGGGUUAAGGCCGGCUAGCAUGGUAUAGAUGAGCUACUGAUAAGCACCUGAUGCUACCAGUACAUCAGGUAGAAGGCGGUUGUAGUGAUAGAGAUCACGGUGCGUGUUAAUUGACAGCCAUUGACGGUACUGUUCUUCGAUUUCUACCUACAGAAAAGUGUCCGAAAGCUAAAUCUGGCUUUGCUACAUCAGGUGCAUGAACUGCACGAUGAGCGGAUCCUGCUACUGGUGGAAUCUGCUCCCUGUCAAUAUCAUGUGUAAUAUUACCAUGCUCCGUUUCCUAAGCUGGAGGGACGGAAUUUUGAGGUUACUUUUCGUGAAUCGGAAUUUCACCCACUAUUCGCUUGUAUCACUGUUGUAACAUGGUGCGUCGGGCAGACCGGGAGUCUUCUCGUUAACAAAUUCAGAGACAGUCGCAUACAGGCUACAUAAAAUACUUUAAUUACGGACUGUUAAAACAAAGAGCACGUGCUCAAACGGGCUGAAAAACUGAUGGACUGAUUUCCGCUUGUGGUGGUAUCUCGAAGUGAAAGCAAGGCUGCCACUAGAAAGGCUAGCACAGAGAGUGGCAGAUGGCAGGCCAGAGUUGUCAUCGCUCCAGUUUAGUUGCAAUACUUAUCGUACGAUGAUAGCUGAAAAUAAAACAUUUUGCAACACUAAAGACUAUAUUUCCGGAAUCUGGAUCUAUGGUACAAACUGGGUGUGAUGAAAAAGAUUAUCCUAGUAUUGCAAAAAAGUUCAAAAGUCGUAUAUUGCUCUUCAGUGUAUUUAUCCUUAUGAGUGAGCACAAAAACCAUGCCAGCUCUUAAGAAGAGCUCCUGCGUUUUCGCUUAGUAGUAAAAGGAUCAAACAAAUUGAAAAUAAUUCAGAUCUGGUCCAAAAGUCGAUACAGUUAAAAAAUCAAAAUCCUAACAAAAUCUUGCCGUCAUCAUUUUAGUUCCCGCAACCAACCACCAUCAACUCGCAGUAGCUAUCAUAAUUUAGCUUAAUUUAGGUUAGCUUUAAUUUAUUCCUUAGAAGACGUAUUUUUCUCUGUACUACUAACAGCACUAGCAUAGAGCAUCCUCUCUUCGCUAGUUUUGGAACUGAAACAGUUAGUCGGCUUUUAUGCGAAUGUCUUCUUUUCUCAUACUAAUUAGCUCAGUAAGGUUCCAAAUGCUCUUUCUUGCAGACGCAUAGGUAAUUUUUUUUUUUUAAGUUAGACAUACUACACGGUCUCAAGUGCACGGAAUACUUGAUGAGGGACGCUCUUUUCGCUGCUAGAAUCUCUCGGUCUCGAUGAACUGCACACCUAUAGGGCUUCGGAUUCGUAACCCACUAGAGAAGACGCCCGACGCUGCUCAUCAACUGUUUAGUGCACUGGGACUUGCCACUAUAUGGCGAAUGAUUUUAGGAUAAUUUUCUUUUCCGCAUUUCGGUUUCAGGUUAAGCGAUAGAAGAAUGCAGUAAUUAUUUUUUGUGGUAGGAAUCAGUACUAGUGUAGAAUUUUCUAACAGUAAUAUAACUAAAACCGACACCUAAAAACAGUGGAAUUAGUAAAAAAAAGGCAAACAUAAAUUUAAAUGACCCGGAUGUGGACGAAGAUAAUGUUGUAUAUCGCUGUACAAAAUUUAUAUAGUUAUUUUAUACUGAACAAAGGCAAACCAGAAUGGAACUUUUAGCAAAUCAGCUUAAAACACGCGAACACUGCAACUAUUUUUAACUGUACAUUAGAACACUUGUAGAAAUUGAAAAUAUAAAAUAACAUCGCCUCCUCCAUCGUUUGUAAUUUAAAAAAAAAACAACAGUUACUGAACUUCGGACAGGUUGUAGAAAUUUCGUUUUUAAAAACAUCCCUGUGUUGUUUUUAGGUGGAAUCGAGUCACUUUUGCACAGUUGACUCGAUGCAUUGCAUCUAGCAGUGUCUACUUGGAUUGGGACUUUUUCACCUAUGAUGGAGAAGAUCGAUCCGAGUAGAUGUAAAUAACCCGUGUAAUAUUAGUUCGAAUUAAUAAGAAAGUAACUUUCCAGUGGUAUCUUGAUACAAAGCGCGCAAGAAUAUUUUCAAUAUGUCCUUGGAAGGGGGUUAAUCACCUCUCUUUUUCCACGCACGAUCGAUCAUAUGGUAUAGCGAGACGGCGCGGAGUCGUGUAACUGUAUAGGAACGCAAUUUGUUAUUUGUUUUCUCUAUGGAAUCUAUUGUACGCACCGGGUCCGAGACCCGGCAUUGUAAUGAAACAACGCUAAAAUAUUGUCAUUGAAGAAGCAAUCUCAGCGAAUGGGAGCACUAUUUAAAAACACGCAACAAUCUACUAGCAGAGAGAACAGUUCGUAAACAGCCCGUGAGAUCGAAACGUGUAAAAAUGUAAUGAAAAUAAUUGUAAUAUGUUUGUAAAUCGGACUUUUUCUAUAAAUAUAUUUUUAUCAAAGCAAAACCACGCGCGAAUCUGUAAAGACAAGUCAUCAACAUACGAAAAAAGUAAUCAUCCAGCGUUAAGGCAAAAAUCGUGAUAUGUACAGAGAAAAGUUUUUUUUACUAACCCGACGAAGAUAACAAUACAAAAAGCAUCAUAAACCAACUCAAUCUGGAACAAAAAGAGAACAAAAAACCCGGUCCGGUUUUGUAUAAAGAACUAUUCGAACCAUGCACUGUAGCCAUUUGAGAGUAUUUAUUUAACACUUGUCUACUGAAACAUAACGUAACACACAUAAACACUCACUCAUAUUCGAAACCGGAAUCAGUACAGUCUCGUCAGUGAAAGAAUGUAAUUUUGUUGUGUCUACCACAUAUUUUCGACUAGAGAGGAAAAACGAUCUGUGAUUAAAUUCUUCUUUUUCUUUUACGAAUUUUGUUUGUUUUCAUAUUUUAUAGAAAAAGAAGAAAAACAACCAACUUUGAACAUAGUGCGAUCAUCCGACCGCUGUAAAAUGUGUACAAUUUUAUAAAUAGGAUAUUUUAAAAAUUGACCGAAUGAAAUUAUUGAAAAAUGUUUCCGCCUUCAGGGAUCCAUAGGACGAACAAAAUUAAAAGAAGCAGGAAAACCGAGCAAGUGAAAUUUUUAUCAAUACUCAUGUGUCGUUGAUGUUUAUUUUAUGCGAACAUCGUUCUUUAGAAUGCAUUUUCCAGGAAGCGAAAGUAUUUUUGUACAGGAAUAAAAAAACGCAAUUUUUAUACGCGCAAAACACACACAGGGUUCGGACUUGAGAAUUUUGCUUUGUAAAAUAAACAUGUAAAUUUAUUUCACAAUCUCACUGAUUUGUAAUUAAACAACCAGAAACUUAUGGCGAACUGCAGAAGAAGACUCAACCUACGCAAGGGCAAACUGUACAUUUUUGUGAAAAUAUCAUCUGUACAAAUGUAACCAACACACAUACACACAGACAAACUAGCGAACGAAACGACCCCCUUUGGGAAAGAUUGCUACUUUUCCAACAACAACAAAAAAAAACGCUAAUGUGCGAAACAAACCAAGUAAAAAUCAAUGACAAUAUUUUUGAUUUUCAUUCCGCUUUAAGCAACACCGUCUUUGCAUUUGUGGUCAAGAAUUUUUUUUUGUUGGUACACUCUUCGGCUCCCGCUAGCGCUUUAGUGUACACUUAGGUGAUUUUUUGACGAUUCUAGGCAUAAUGAGCUCUAAAAUGAAAUAGCAGCGGUGUACAUAAAUAAUCACGAUGAUGGGAUAAGCAACCUCCCAUCGAUCUAUGCAUGGAGAAGAACAAAUUUAAACAUUCUAGUAAAGUAGUAGGACACGUAAAAAACUGCCACCACUUGCAAGUAUAAAUGUAUUAGGGAAAGAAGCGUGAAACAGUAGCAUUUGGCAAACCAGUGAACAAAAUUAAGUGUGCUGAACAACGAGCGAUUUUCUAUCUCCAAAGUUAUGGAUAGGGGAAAAGGUACGAAAAAAUAUAUCGUCAGGUUGCGCAUCUCGGUUGCUACUACACAUACUACAGAUACUAUCAUUGAUUCCUCUAUUUUUUGUAGAAAAAGGUUACUGUUGGUACCACACACUCAUAAAAGUAGCAGUUUUCCUGCUUUAAACAGGCUUGUUUACUCGCCUUUACGCAUUAUUGUCCCAUGUAUAAUUAGAACAUGUGGCGAUUAAGCGUAGAACGGCAGUUUAGUGCAUGCACUUUUCUCAUCUCUUACAUGCUAGUUUCCAACCAGACCGAGGAUUACCAUGUGAUGAUCUUCGGUAUUCAAAGAUUGAAUGUUCUUCAAACAGUAAUAAGCAGUCAGUUCAGUAUGCUUUCUGCGACUGUAAGGGCGAAGGACAGCCGGAGACAAACAAGCCUGAAUUCAAAUUUAACGCUUCAUUUACUAACAGUUUCGGAACACUUGUAUCAACCAAUAGAAAAAAAAGGCGCAUUGAUUGAGUAUGCAGAACAGCGCGAGUGUAGUAUAGCUUUGAUAGGUAAAACAAAAUAGCAAACAAGUGCGGAUCUUUUUUUUUGUUUUAUUUCUAAACGGAUGGACUUUUUCCGGUACGAGGAAUUUGACGCGCGUGGUUGGCAAAAUGGCCAAUCAAAAAAAAAAAAAAACAAUAAA